AUGUCUGCCAGCAUCAACAGAUCGUUGACCACCAUCAAGACCGAGCUUGAGUUCCUUUUGGAAUCCGAGGUCAUCUCGGAAACGCUGUACGACCACAUCAUUGCGUCGCUUCCAGAGCGUUACGUGAAGGGCAUGCCGAUGAAGGACUCCACAACCAAGGGAGAGUACGCCGAAGCGAUCUACGACUACGCCCCUCAGCAGUCCGAUGACCUCAAACUUACCCGGGGUGACAAGAUCACCGUUCUGGAAAAAGUCUCCGACGCAUGGUGGAAGGGCUCUGUUCACGGCAGAAGCGGGAUGUUCCCAGCAAACUACGUCAAGCUGUACUCUGAACCUUCGGAUGACUCCAGAUCAGCCGUGAACGUUGCACCUCCUCCUUCGUACCAGCAGUCACAACCUUUCUAUCAACAGCCACAGCAGCAGCAGAUGCAGCAGCCAUACUUCCAGCAGCAGAUGCAGCAACCCUACUAUCAGCAAUCACAGAGCUCGCUCAACAUUCCAGGACAGAUCCCGGUUGGCCAACCACCAAUGCAGCAACAGCCACAGCAGCAGGGCCAGCAUUCAGGAACGUUCAAAAGAUUCGGAUCCAAGCUGGGUGACGCUGCGAUCUUCGGUGCAGGUGCAACCAUCGGUAGUGACUUAAUCAACUCGAUUUUC